UCUCGGUGCGGGCGACAGCGCUGCUGAACAUGGCGUCAGACGGGAUGAUUUUAACGAACCACGACCACCAAAUCCGGGUCGGAGUCUUGACAGUGAGUGACAGCUGUUUUCGGAACCUAGCAGAGGACCGCAGUGGCAUCAAUCUCAAAGAUCUUGUCCAUGACCCCUCCCUGUUGGGGGGUAUGAUCGUGGCCUACAAGAUAGUGCCAGACGAGAUAGACGAGAUCAAGGAGACUCUGGUGGAUUGGUGUGAUGAGAAAGAACUUAACCUCAUCCUGACCACCGGGGGAACCGGCUUCGCUCCACGAGACGUCACACCAGAGGCCACUAAGGAGGUGAUAGAGCGUGAGGCUCCAGGGAUGUCUUUGGCCAUGCUGAUGGGAUCCCUCAACGUCACACCGCUAGGCAUGCUUUCCAGACCUGUGUGCGGCAUCCGAGGGAAGACGCUCAUCAUCAACCUACCAGGAAGCAAGAAAGGCUCCCAGGAGUGCUUCCAGUUCAUCCUGCCAGCGCUGCCCCACGCCAUCGACCUGCUGCGGGACGCCGUGGUGAAGGUGAAGGAGGCGGCGGACGAGCUGGAGGACUUGCCUUCGCCGCCGCCGCCCCUCUCGCCGCCGCCCAACAGCUCACCGCGACGCCAGACAGAGGACAAGGGCGUGCAAUGCGAGGAGGAGGACGAGGAGAAAAAGGACAGUGGAGUGGCGUCCACCGAGGACAGCUCCUCCUCCCACAUCACCGCUGCAUCCAUCGCCGCCAAGAUCCCAGACUCCAUUAUCUCGCGGGGUGUGCAGGUGUUGCCCAGGGAUACGGCCUCUCUCAGCACCACGCCCUCGGAGUCGCCCCGCGCCCAGGCCACCUCUCGCCUCUCCACCGCCUCCUGUCCCACACCCAAAGUGCAGUCACGAUGCAGCAGCAAAGAAAAUAUCCUAAGAUCAAGUCACAGUGCGGUGGACAUCACCAAGGUGGCCCGAAGGCACCGCAUGUCCCCCUUCCCCCUCACCUCCAUGGACAAGGCCUUCAUCACUGUGCUAGAGAUGACUGCCGUCCUGGGCACUGAGAUCAUCAACUACAGAGAUGGAAUGGGUCGAGUCCUGGCUCAGGACGUUUAUGCCAAAGACAACCUGCCACCCUUCCCUGCCUCUGUCAAGGAUGGUUACGCUGUGAGAGCGGCUGAUGGCCCAGGCGACCGCUUCAUCAUUGGAGAGUCCCAAGCUGGAGAGCAGCCCACCCACACAGUGAUGCCCGGCCAGGUGAUGAGGGUGACGACGGGUGCCCCUAUCCCCUGUGGGGCUGACGCUGUGGUCCAGGUGGAAGACACUGAGCUGCUCCGUGAGUCUGAGGAUGGCACAGAGGAACUUGAGGUACGAAUCCUAGUACAGGCUCGCCCAGGCCAGGACAUCAGGCCUAUUGGUCAUGACAUCAAGCGAGGCGAGUGUGUGCUGGCGAAGGGCACCCACAUGGGUCCGUCUGAGAUUGGUCUCCUGGCCACUGUGGGCGUCACCGAGGUGGAGGUCCAGAAGUUCCCAGUGGUGGCCGUCAUGUCCACAGGCAAUGAGCUGCUGAAUCCAGAAGACGACCUCCAUCCUGGGAAGAUCCGGGACAGCAAUCGCUCCACCCUGCUGGCCACCAUACAGGAGCACGGCUACCCCACCAUCAACCUGGGCAUCGUGGGAGACAACCCUGAUGACCUUCUCAACGCUCUGAAUGAAGGGAUCAGCCGUGCUGAUGUCAUCAUCACCUCAGGAGGAGUGUCCAUGGGAGAGAAGGACUACCUAAAACAGGUGCUGGAUAUUGACCUUCAUGCUCAGAUCCACUUUGGUCGUGUUUUCAUGAAACCAGGUCUCCCAACAACAUUUGCCACCUUGGACAUGGAUGGUGCUCGCAAACUUAUCUUUGCCCUCCCAGGUAGAAACCCUGUGUCCGCCGUUGUCACCUGUAACCUCUUUGUCAUCCCUGCCUUGAGAAAAAUGCAGGGAAUUUUGGACCCAAGGCCUACCAUUAUCAAAGCGAGGUUGUCUUGUGAUGUGAAACUGGACCCUCGCCCUGAAUACCACCGCUGCAUUCUGACAUGGCAUCACCAGGAGCCUCUGCCGUGGGCACAGAGCACAGGGAACCAGGUGAGCAGCAGGCUGAUGAGUAUGCGCAGUGCUAACGGGCUCCUGAUGCUACCUCCAAAAACAGAGCAAUACGUGGAGCUGCACAAGGGCGAGGUUGUUGACGUCAUGGUCAUCGGCCGGCUAUGAUGUCAUCAUAGAGGGACCGCGAGUUGGCGUCAUAUAGCGAGGGUUGGAAUGGGUGGUUCACGGUGCAUGUCCACAUAUCAUUGACUAUUCUGUAAUAUGCAACGGCACAGCUAGUUUUUAUUGAUUUGGAUAACGUUGAGGUAUAGUCAACAUCUUGAUCACAACCUAGAUACAUAUGAAAAAAAAAUUAAUUUAAAAAGAUUAUAGUAUUUCAAACAAAGAAAAUAUAACUUUUAAUGAAAAAUCUAAUUAUAAAAAGAGAUUUAUUCUGUAAUAUAUUAUUAUGAUUAUUCUUCUUAUUAUUAUCAUUAUUCUUCUUAUUAUCAUUAUUAUAUUAAGGCAACUUUGUUCCUUUCAUUGCAAUUGCUUUGUGUGUUCAAUGCUAGACCUUAUCUAUAGCAGUAGCAUUUUAAUAGACAGCUGUAGGUGCCUGCCAGGACAAAAAAAGAAAAUUAUUAUUUUCUCAUCUUUAGUGGAAAAAAUAAUCUGUUUUUUGAAAAAUGAAGAAAACAUUGAGGAAGACUCCAGAUUUCCCACGGUGCUCAGCUAAGAGGAAGAGGGGGCACAUCUAGGCCACUUCCUCUUUUGAGUGCCCAUCAAGGUGACACUUCUGUUUUUCUCUCAUUAGUAUGCAUCAUAAUGGCUUCACAAAGAGCUUUGCUUGUUGUUUAUCUUGUGAGUCUUGUUUAUGUGCGCAGUGCCAAAUGCCUGGGCAGGGAAGAGGUGAUGCUGGGAGGGGAGGGGAGGGGGGGGGCACACCCCAGUCUGCCCAGACCCUGAAGCUUCCUUAUAUUCACGGUGACCGGGUGCAAACUCCGCCCCCAACCCCCCCAGGGGCGAGCUGAACCUGGGAAAAUAAUCUUUUAUUUGAUCAACUAUUGAAAAAAAAAAGAAAGAAAAGAAACAGCUUCUUUAAGUGCUGACAGCCUUUUUAACCAA